AUGCCUCGAGAGGCUGAACCUUCACUCAAUGAGCGCACUUUCGUCGUGCAGGCGUUACAAGAAGGCCUGCGCAUCGACGGCCGCGCCUUCGACCAAUAUCGAAAGCUCGAGCUUAAGUUUGGUGACCAAUACGGAGUUGCAGAUGUAACUCUUGGAAAGACAAGGAUACUUGUCAAGGUCUCGGCCGAAGUCACAACACCUUACACGGACCGACCCUUCGACGGCAUCUUCACUAUCACGACAGAACUUAGCCCCAUGGCAUCGCCCGCUUUCGAAGUUAAUCGACCGACAGAAACAGAAGUUCUAUUAUCGAGACUGCUUGAAAAGACCGUCCGCCGAUCGAAUGCUCUCGAUACCGAGUCGUUGUGCCUCGUCGCCGGGCAAAAAUGUUGGUCUAUAAGAGUUGACCUACAUGUGCUCUCACACGAUGGUAAUCUAAUCGACGCCUCAUGUUUCGCGGUAGUAGCAGCAUUGCGCCACUUCAGGAAACCAGAUACAAGCAUGGAAGGAGGGAAUUUAACUGUAUAUACUCCCGCCGAACGAGAACCUGUGCCAUUGAGCUGGCUGCAUUCGCCGUUUUGCGUUACAUUUAGCUUUUAUGAAGGAGAGAUCACAUUAUUGGACGCAAAUCUCCUGGAGGAACAAUUGAGGGUGUCUAGCUGCACGAUCAGUCUCAACAGACACGGGGAAAUAUGCCAAAUCGCAAAGCUGGGUGGCACCCCUGUAGAGGCGGCCACGCUGCUCCAGUGCACAGCCGUCGCUCUCAACAAGGUCAAGGAGUUCUCGACGUUAUUAGAUCAGAAGCUAGCCGAGGACUCGAAGCGGAGGAACAAAGGCGGACUCCUGGCAGAAUUGUCCGCGGAGAACGAGAGAUAG